AUGGAUAGAUAUUCAAGUUCUCAAGUUUGGAAUUUGGAGCAGUUAUCUUUGAUGACUUUGCUCACUAUAAACUGUUGGAGAGGCACAACAAAGCACGUCUCUACAACCCUCUUAUCUUGUCGAAGUUCUACCUUCAAUGGUGGGGAGCUCCUUCAUCUUUAUGGUGUGCAAAAGGUUCUACCUGCUAAAUUGUUCAACGGUUUUAGACUAAACACAAGGGCUUUUGCUAGUCGGAAUUCGGUGAGGAAAUCAAGAAGAGAUGUACAACCACCAAAAAGUGAAGCAGAUAACACUCCCACAAGUGUUCAAGUUGACAGCAUGGUUUCCUCUUCCGAAAAUUCAGCUGCACAGAGUUCUUCAAUAAUUCCUUCCAGAAGUACUGUGCUUCAGGCAUGCACUGUCACUUCCGGAUUAAUAGCAGCUCUGGGUAUUAUAAUUCGUCAGCUCUGAGUAUAGUUUCGGAAUACGUUACAGCACCGAUUGGAAGCUGCGAUGGAGAUGGGGAGCCGUGACGGUGCCGAAGCUGCUGGGUAUCGGACUGGGUCUGCUGGGUUUUGGGUCAAUAGCUUCUGCCGAUGAUUUGGCUACGGGGGGACUUGGGUAUCUGGGGGUGAAAGACUUGGGUAUUCCUUCGUAUGUUGCUUCGGACUCGUUUCGCAACCUUUACUUUCAAACCAUCGGAUGUCUUUUGCACUUGGUCUCCUCCCGUGUAAAUGAAAUGAAAUGCAGUGUUUCAUUAAAAUGAAA